AUGUUCAGCAAUCCGUACGUAAAGUCCCUUUUAUGGCUAGUUUCCUUUGGAGGCCUUGGUUACGGUUUAAUGCAAUUAACUGAGCCAAAUGCAGAGAAAAUUGAACGGAUUAAAGCGUCUACAUCAAGAGCUGCUCUCAAUGCGGAAGAACAGAAGAAAGCUUUGUUUAUGAAAAAAAUACAAGAGGCAGCCUUGAACAGCGCUCCUAUGUAUCGGCCAACAUCAACAACAUUGGGGGACAAGAAAGAUUCUUAAAAACUGUUUAAUUAAAAAUGUUGAAAUAUAAAUGUUAAUUCUUUUUUACUUCA